UCCGCUUAUCUCAGCAUGAGGCACCAUGAGCAGCAAAGUCUCCCGCGACACCCUCUACAAGGCAGUGCGGGAAGUCCUGCAUGGGAACCAAUGCAAGUGCCAGAAGUUUUUGGAGACAGUGGAGCUUCAGAUCAGCCUGAAGAACUAUAGCCCUCAGAAGGACAAAUGCUUCUCAGGCACCGUCAGGCUUAAGUCCACUCCCCGCCCCAAGUUCUCUAUACGUGUUCUGGGGCACCAGCAGCACUGUGAUGAGGCCAAGGCUGUGGAUAUCCCCCAUAUGGACAUGGAGGCACUAAAGAAACUGAACAAGAAUAAGAAACUGGUCAGGAAGCUGCCCAAGAAGUAUGCUUUUUUGGCUUCAGAGCCUCUGAUCAAGCAACCCACGAUUCUGGGCCCUGGCCUGAAUAAGGCUGGCAAGUUCCCUUCCUUGCUGACCCAUAAUGAGAACAUGGUAGCCAAAGUUGAUUAAGUGAAGUCCACGAUCAAGUUCCAGAUGAAGAAGGUGCUGUGUCUGGCAGCGGCUGUUGGCCACGUGAAGAUGACAAAUGAUGAGCUUGUGUACAACAUCCACUUAGCUGUCAACUUCCUGGUGUCAUUGCUCAAGACAAAUUGGCAGAACGUCCGGGCUUUGUACAUUAAGAGCACCAUGGGCAAGCCCCAGCGCCUAUACUAAGGCACAGCUUAAUAAGCCAUACUCCUACCACUAAAAAAAAAAUAAAAUAAAAUAGAGUUGUGGUAUCCAGAUCCUGAGAAGAAAAUAUUCCUCUAUAUGCUGGACUGGCUUGCCAAAAUCUGGACUAGUAUAUCCUGUCUGGGGCACCACCUUUUAAGAGGACCAGAAAAGGCCAACAAGGGUGUUGCGAAUAUGCAGAAACUAUAAUGUAUUUUCAAAAGGUUGAAAUCAUUGGGAAUUUCCUUUUUAAUUUUUGUUUUAAUUUAAUUUUAACAAGCAUUACUAUAGCAUUAAACAUGAAAACCAUCAAAAAGAAAUCUCCACAUUCAAUUCAUUAAAUAAUCAACAAAGAUCUGUUGAAAAACUACU